AUGGCCGUGCCCCUGCGUGCCUCUCUGCUCCUGCUGGCCGCGCUAGCCCUCGCCGGGAUAUUGAGCCCGGCGGGCGCCGCAAACGCCGGGCCCCCGCGCUUAAUGGGCGGCAUCAUGGACGCGGACGAGAACGAGCAGGGCGUGCAGCGCGCCCUGGACUUCGCUAUUAGCGAAUACAACAAAGCGAGCAACGACAAGUUCCACAGUCGCUUGGUGCAGUUGGUGCGUGCUCGCAAGCAGAUUGUAUCUGGAGUGAAGUACUACUUAGAUGUGGAACUUGGACGAACCACAUGUACCAAGUCUCAGCCCAACUUGACCACUUGUCCCUUCCAUGACCAGCCACAGCUGAAAAAGAAAGCCAUGUGCUCUUUCCAGGUUUAUACUGUUCCUUGGUUGGAGACAACCUCCUUGAUCAAAUCCAGCUGCCAGAGUGCAUAG